GCGUACUUGAUCUUGACCAACACGCGUGUAAAACAUUGAAAAUUAACCCAAUAUCUGAAAUACAACUACCAACAAGGUUUCAUCUAAUAUCCUGACACAUUUGGAUAUCUGAGACACACUCUUGGGAACAUAUUUCUUUUUUUUCCUUACUUUUUUCCCUGUUUUGGGAUUAAACCUCACUCAGUGCCUGCAGUCGCCCCCUCCGCAGAGAGGGAGUAACUGCUCCACUUUUGGCCGGAGAUGGAGCCCCUUAUCCGGCUUGCUGUGUAUUGCAUCAGCCUGCUUUCCCUCCAACAGCUGCUGGCUCUAUCGGCGGAAGAAAGUCCCGACAGCAACAGGUUGGACAUCAUCAACAAGCUCAUGGGUCUUACAGAGGACAACACUAGACCUUCAAGAAGCCUGACUCACAACGACGUCCCUUCUUCAGCCCUGAAACAAGCCCCAAAAUGGCUGCCUGGUUUCCUGAGACUCCGACCAGCUUCUGGAGUUCGCACAUCCCCACCAAGUCUGGCAUGGGCUCGACCCAGGGAUGAGUCUCCGAGGUCUUCGAGAGUUCGUCGUCGUGCUCAUUCGGGACCGCGGAGUAGUCGCCAUUACCCCCAAAACGCCCAGCUGAUGAGAGUCGGUUGCGUCCUGGGAACCUGUCAAGUGCAAAACCUCAGCCAUCGGCUCUAUCAGCUGAUUGGUCAGAGCGGCAGAGAAGACUCCUCCCCCAUCAACCCCAGGAGCCCCCAUAGUUACGGAUGAGAAAGUAAACACCCCCAAAAAACACCCACAGCAAGUCUAACACUGAAAAAACUGAACUGUUGACUUUCACAUGACUGUAUUGGGUUGGUUGAAAGCAAUAAUAUUAAGUUCAAAUAUUAGGUUCAACUUAAUAUUAUGGCUUUCAACUAACUUAAUGACAUAAUACAUUUAAUUAAAGUCAACGUUUCAGUUCUUUCAGUGUAUCCAGAUCUCCAUUUAUUUAUCUUUUAAUGUAUUAUUUGUAGAAUUAGUUUUUGAUGUAGUCCUUGUUUAUUUAUCUAAAUAUGAUAGUUAUACUCCUAUGUUUUGCCUCCCUAGUUUCAGUUUGAAUUCAAUAUCAUCACCGCCAAUGUGAGUUCUCCCACUAAUGCUGCAGACAGCUGUACAAAUCUUUCAAAAGGUGGAAACAAGCACCAAAAUUGGGCCAUUUAUUUAAAAAAGCCACAAAAUUGCGACAUUUUACCCAAAAUGGUCGUCAUUUCCAGCCGAUAAAAACUAUAUUUUACACCAGAAUUUGAACAACUUCACCAAUUUCGGUGAUUUCAGUAUUGAAUUAUUUGUUUUGGACUAUGGGGAAGUCAAUUUUAGAAACUUCUACCGGGCUUCUUCAUGGCAUUUUAAACACUUGAAAAUGGCAGCCAUCUUGGAUUUUUGACGGGCUUUUUUAAAAGAGAAACCCUCAAAGGACUUUAUUUGCCAAUUUUAGUACUUGUGUCCACUUUUGAAAGAUUUCCCUGGUAUAUUCAAUAUCCUGCAGCACUAACCAACCAGAGACUGAUUGCUUUUUGAAGGAUGUUCAAGUCUUUGUUUUCCACCAUGGACUAAGUAUUAAGGGUGGUCCUCAACACCAUCCUUAGGUUCUGCUCCUGCCUGAACUCUGACCCCUCCAACAGUUCAUUGAACACUUACAAGCCCCUGAUGUGGAUUUCAAGCUGCUGGAGCCAUGUCAAAACCAAUGUAUUCCCAAAGACCCCGUAAACAACCCGAUGAACAAUUUUUUUGUGCGCCUCCCUUUUUGGUCAACGUUAACAACUGAACACGGACAUCCCUUAAAUAUUCCACUAUAGCUUUGUGUUUUUCGGGACCACAGUUUACUUUUGAAACAAACCACAGCACUUUGGUUACACCGGAGCAUUCGGAGGACUUACAGUCAACGCUGGCAAUGAAAAUGUGAAAGAAGAGGGGCAGCAGCCUUGAGAAGGAGUCAUAGAAAACCCAAAAGGAUCAGUUUCAGUGUUGCUCUAUAGUAGCCUGUUGGAGGGGCCAAAGAUCAAGGCUUUUUCUCUGCAGGAGGCCAGAUGUUUGCCUUUUCACGUGAUUCAUACGUUUUCAAGACUUUGGGUUGAAAGCAGUUUAAUAUCCCUUUAGGCGGGGGGUCCUCAGCAUUGACGUUUACAAUAAUUCAAUGGUUGGCUCACCUAAAACACACUUCUGGUAUCCCCUUACUUUCCAUGAUGUUUUGGGGGAUUUAACAUGGAUUCUUAUUAUGGAAACUAUUUCCAAUGCCCUUUUUCUAGUGCUAGACAACAUACCUUCAUUGUUUUGCGUUAGAAAGUCCAGCAGUAAUGGUGCAGAAGAAUGUAGAAAUGAAGGACAACCGUCCCUCACAUUUCCUUAUAGACAACACAAUUCUGUAAUGACGUGCACUCUUAUUGUUACAUGGGUUUAAAGUAGUCGUGAAAUGCCCACUAACGACUGUUUUUGUUAUGGCAUGAGUCCAUAGCGACAAUAAUGCUAGGUGUAGGUAUUCAAAAUAGCAAAGCACCGUCAAAAAUACAUUCCCAGACAUUCCCGGCUUUCUAUGUUUGUCUGUCUCUGAAAUAGUGGACGGGCCACGGACUGAAAAUAACUCAAGCUCUCACAUUUGACAGGCAAGGAACACAAUUAUGUUACAUAUUAUUUGCCAACUUCAAUUUAAAUGUUUUACUUUAUGUUGGCCUCAUCUUAACUUAUACAGAAGGAAUACAUGAGCUGUUUUAUGUGCACUUUUAUCUGGAUUAUCAUUUUUACUCUAUUUUUGCGUAUAACUUGACAAAGUAUGGUAUUCCUAAGAGGCAUUAGUUUGAACUCACCAAAUACCUGGCAAUACUUGACAAAUCGAAUGACUUUACAUGUGAUCUACAUCUUAUUGUAAUAACAUAACUUAAUCUGUCUUCUCAUAUUGCUUUGUGUUUUUGGCUUAUUUUUUGCUCUUUCCUGGCUCUCCCUUUUCCUUUCCUUUCUCUCUAUAAUUAUGGAGGUCAGAGGUUAAAAUCCUUGGUCUUAAAUCUAACCUGUUCAAAGGCUUGCUGAAGUCAAACAUGCCACUCUCUCUGCUGUAAUGGAGCUAAUUAAUGUCUCAUGACGGAUGAUUAAAAGGCUUUUCAAACGCUAAAAAAUCCUGGUGGAUCACUUUUUUUAUAUAUCCUCCUCACUUUUUAAAUAUGAUUUCAAACACAUUAAGUGCGUAUGUGCUAUCAGGACACUUAUCUCCUGUGUUUGAUCUGUGCUCUUUUGUUUUGUUUUUGUGACGUCAAAAGUUGCGUCAUGUCCAAGUUGCGUGAGCACGACCGCUAAUACCUCCCCGUAAAAAAACACCUACAGCUGUCAUGUUGCGAAGGAAUGAGUGAAUAGACGUUUUGUAAGUUAGUGUAGAUUCAGGGUCACAGGAAAGCACUUUAACGCAACCAGCUGUCACUAUAGUUUCUCACAACUUAAUGUUACUUGUUUUUAAACGUGUGAACGCUAGGGUUCCUUUAUGUAAAUGUUGCAUUUGAGAUGUUUGAAGACGUCAGCGAUGACUGUGAACGCUGUGUGCAUCAGCCAAACUAUUUAAAUAUGUAUUUAAAUUAUCUUUGUAUGUUAAUAUCUGUAUGUCACCAAAGACUAUUUAUCUCACCUUUUCCACAGUUCCUUCAACGUGACCUUGUGGUAGGAAACAAAGUCUAAACUGUAGUGAAAAUGUUACUGUUUGUCAAUGUUCUUCACUCUGUACAAAAAAUAAAGAAUUAUACUGUAAUGUGA